AUGGAGGCAUUCACCUUUGCGCUGUCCACCCAGGUGGGCUUGCCAGUAUGCAUCAAAAUUGGUUCACUUGAGGGCAAACAGAAGCAGAUCCCGUUCUCUCGUCUGCUCCAGAACCCCGAAUUGCGGUAUCUCGGUUCCGCCCAGAACCCUUGUUCCGAUCUUUUUGUUACCGUGCAAUUAUGGUCGGACUCUAAACCACUUGGUGUACCACUCCAGACUUCGUACAAGGCUUUCAAGACCACUCGUUCGUGGAACGAAUGGCUACAGAUGCCUAUGUCCAUCAAGGAUGCCCCGCUCAACUCUCAACUGGCAAUCACAGUAUGGGAUUUAUCCCCGCUGGCGGGCGAUGGGCCUCAAGACCACGACGUUCCCUUUGGUGGGACCACGAUCUCAUUAUUCGAUCACGAGGGCAAACUGAAGAUGGGACGGCAAAAGUGCAAGGUGUAUCGUCACAAAGCUGCAGAUGGCUUCUCAUCAACAAUGACGCCAUCUGCUCCCCUUCCUAAGCGGCGAAAGCCCAACGCUCGUGGUGUCCUAGCUCCAUCUCCAGAAGAAGCAGAGCUGGAGAGGAUCGAAGUUCUAAUCAAGAAGCAUGAAAUGGGCGAAAUCACUCGAAUCGACUGGAUGGAUCAGAUGGUCUUCCGUCAGCUGGAAAAGCUCAAGCUCCAGGCGGAAGAGGCUGCGCGCAAGCGCGCUAUCCACUUCAAGAAUACAAAACCAAGGAGCCAAGAUGCUGAAGAUGAUAGCUCUGAUGAGGAAGACUUGGAUGACGAAAACUUUGUCCUUUAUGUGGACUUUCCCCGAUUUGAUCAUACGAUUGUCUGGGCCGAUCAUCAAUACCCCUCUGCCCCGAUUUCUUCCUACCCUCAAACUGUACCUGCUCACCCGAACUCCGCCCUAAAGCCCGUCCCAGAAGUCCGAUUCGGCCCUGGGAUUGAAGGUGGAGAUGGUGCGGGAGUAGUCAGGAUUUAUGACCCUGAAGUUGGACAGACAGGAAACCCGUGUGAGGAUAAGCACCGACGCUUGAUCCGUAGCCAUCGGACUGGUUUCAUGGAUCGGGAACUGAAGCCCAACCCCAAGAACCGGGAUGAACUAAACAUUAUUCUUUCAUACGAACCGACACAGGACCUGACUGCUGAAGAGAAAGAUCUUGUGUGGAAAUUCAGAUACUAUUUGACUCGGGAGAAGAUAGCGUUGACAAAGUUUGUAAAAUCGGUCAACUGGCGUGACGACGGUGAGGCUCGACAGGCAGUGGAGAUCCUUCCCAAGUGGACUGAUAUCGAUGUUGACGAUGCUUUGGAACUUCUGGGACCUACAUUCGAUAACCCAGCAGUGCGUUCUUAUGCUGUCGCGAGGUUGCAUAAGGCGGAUGAUGAGGAGCUUCUUCUUUAUCUUUUACAACUGGUGCAAGCCUUGAAAUACGAGGAAAACUCUGAAAAUGACGUUGAUGAAGCUGCCCACGAUUCUUCACUUGCAAAUUUCCUGAUCACGCGCGCCGCCAACAACUUCAAGCUAGGCAAUUACCUGCAUUGGUACUUGAUGGUUGAGUGUGAUGAUGCAGGGCCAGGUACGCUCUCUACACAACGCCGCCUUUUUGCGCGAGUUGAAUACUACUUCAUGAGUGAACUCGAGAAAUCCAAUGCAGAGCACCGAAAAAUUCUCCUGCGACAAGGUGAACUUGUUGCCGUGCUCUCGAAAAUCGCCAAAGACAUUCGCUUUUCUCGGGAAACCCGUCCUGCAAAGAUUGAAAAGCUGAAAAAGCUGCUUCGGGAUCCUAAGAACGACAUUAUCAAUAUCGACCCCCCAUUGCCACUCCCACUAGACCCAGAUGUUUCUGUGGUGGGCUGUUAUCCUGAUGAGUCCAAUGUUUUCAAAUCGACAUUGUCGCCCCUACUCAUCACAUUCAAGACCACCGAUGGUCGCCGGUAUCCGCUCCUCUUCAAAGUGGGUGACGAUCUUCGUCAAGACCAAUUGGUCAUUCAGAUUAUCAUUUUGAUGGAUCGGCUCCUUCAAAAGGAAAACCUGGAUCUAAAGCUUACGCCUUACCGGAUCCUCGCCACAAGCUCUACGGCGGGCGCUGUUCAAUUUAUUCCAUCCACUUCCCUCUCUGCCGCCUCGGCCAAGUACAAGUCCAUUCUCGCCUACUUGAAAGAGCACAACCCUGAUGAUAACGAGCCUCUUGGAGUUCGCAAGGAGACGAUGGACACAUACAUUAAGUCCUGUGCGGGUUACUGUGUGAUCACUUAUCUUCUUGGUGUGGGUGACCGGCACUUGGAGAACUUGCUUCUCGCCCCAGACGGCCACUUCUUCCACGCUGACUUUGGUUUCAUUCUCGGUCGUGACCCCAAGCCUUUUGCUCCUAUGAUGAAACUCUGUAAAGAGAUGGUAGAGGGCAUGGGCGGUACAACCUCGCCACAUUAUUUGCAGUUCAAGCAGUACUGCUUUACUGCGUACACCACCUUACGCAAAUCAGCCAAUCUCAUUCUCAACCUGUUUAGUCUGAUGGUCGAUGCUAAUAUCCCGGACAUUCGCGUGGAGCCUGAUAAGGCUGUCUUCAAGGUAAAAGAGCGCUUCCAUCUGGAGAUGUCUGAAGAGGAAGCAAUUCGCCACUUUGAGCAGUUGAUUGGGGACAGCGUAAACGCUAUAUUCGGCGUGGUGAUUGAUCGUUUGCAUGAAUUUGUGCAAGGCUGGAGGGCAUGA